UGAUAUUUCAACAAUAGAGUCUCGAUAUCGACCAAUAAAUUCGAUUGAGAUUUGGACCUUUCUGUCAACAACUAUCUGACUUGUCAACACUCUCAAUUUCCAUGUCUUCUGCCGUUUUGUUCCUCAGUUCUCUCAGCCAUCUACUCUUGCUCAGAUUGGGACCAUCACCGCACAAGAUGUCGCUGUGGUGCAAGAAUUCUUGAAUGGACUUCAUGAUUCCAAGGGACGACGUGCUUACCUUAGCUAUGGAACUGGAUCUGAAUUUACCGAUCUCGGCACCGCCUACGAUGAAGAGACGGAAAGCUAAGAGUUGAGCAUCAGCGGCCUCGGCGGUGAAUGGGUCGAACGCUACCUGCUGCUUCAGAACUCAAGCGCCCAUCCCAGCCUGGAUAACGUAACCUAUGACAAACUCAAGGAGUGAAUGAUGCAUAACCUGAACAAGUAUGCAGACUCUUUCCAGACGACGUACCCAGAUCUCAGCGCCUUCAAAGCUGCGGGCGGCAAGGUCAUCCACGUCUACGGCGAGUCAGACGGCUCUAUCCCGGCUGGCUUAUCAGUACACUGCUACGACUCUGUGCGCAGCAUCAUGUUUCCCGAUAAGAGCUACAACAAAUAAGAGCAUGACUGCUCUAGAUGAAUUUUACAGACAGUUCCUCGUCCCUGGCGGAGCUCACUGUGGAAGUAACUCUGGUGGCUGGCCCCAAACCACGUUGCAAACUGCUAUUGAAUGUGUUGAGGAGGAUGUUGUUCCUGAGACUCUGAAAGGUACUGAUGGCAUUGUUACUAUCUGCCGCUGGCCUCUUCGUCCUCCCUGGUCCAGAAAGAAUUUUUCAUGCUUUUGAUCUGACCUUGCUAUUCCUGACUAAGCCUGAUCGACACGCUUUCACCGCCUUAAGAAAAGCUGAGACCCCGUUCUGAUCCUGUCGUACAAAACCACCAUGCCAAAUAGGAUUAAAAAC